CAGCAGGUUUUCUACAAAAAUAGUUCUUAUCGAAAUUUUAUUAUUAUGAUAUUAGUUUAAUAGUGAUCAAAUAGCAUAGAAAGAUAGAGCGAAAGACGCUCUAUCUAUUCUUAAAAAAGAAAAUUUUUUCAAGCUUUCUAUAAAAAAGAACCUUCGCCACUACUUUUGGAUCAUCCUAAGUACAUUAAAAAAGAAUUCUAUUCAAUGCUUCCCAGUCGUGUUGCUCUUGAACAAAAUUUAUAUUGAAUUACUAAUACUCUUCAUGAAUCGAAUCCGAAUUCUUACGAUUGGGAAGAAUGGGAAGUUCUCUUUAAUAUACAUCUUGAAGUUGAAACAAUCACUGAGGAUUCGAAGAAAUGAAAUUCACUUAUAACUGUUCUUGGUGUACAACCAUUCAAGACUUUAAUUUCUAUUUGCGAAUCAAAGAAACCAACUGAAUGUACUUAUAAAGAGUUAAUUGAAAAGCUUCGAUCAAAUUAUACACGUUUUACAUUUCCAUCAACUGAACAUUUUGCAAAUGAAUUGCAUGAUAAAUCAGCAAAAUGUAAAUUUUCUUCAAAUUUUUAUGAAGAAGCAUUAAUAACUGCAUUUGUUGAUGGUUUACAAAAUGAUCAUGUAGGCAAACAUUUAAUGCAGCGAAGUUUACAAAAUUUUGAAGAAAUUAUCAACACAGCUAAAACAAUUGAAUCAAUUUUAAUUGAAGGUUCAACGAUUAAAAGCACCUCAUCAGAAGAUCUUAAUCUUAAUAAAAUUAUUCAACAUCGUAAACAAUAUACAAAUCAUCAAAAAUUAACCAGCAGAGCAGAAAUCAGAUAUCU